CUCCUAGACUGUCACCUCGGCCCUGGCCUGGUCCCCGCCGCUCUAGCCUCCGCUCCUCUCGUUGGUUCGUGUCGGGCCGCACAGGAACGGCGGCGCCGUGCGCAGGUUCCGGCCUCCCGUGUGCCGCCGCGCUGGGGCUCCGCCGCUGGGCCUGGGCCGGCUCCGAGGGCCGGGGCUGUCGCUCCGCCCGGGUUGGGUUCCGGAGACGCCGCCUCCUCGAGCGCAGAGUCCAGGCCGUGGGCCUGCGCUCGUCCCGAGCGGUUCUCCCCCAGGCCUGGCGCCCCCAUUCGGGUUCCAGGGCGCACACCCGCCCAAUCUAGGCCCCCCACCCCCACCCCCGUUUUCUUUUUCCGGCAAAAUAGGUUUUCUUCCCCGGUGGUGUCCAGUGGCCUCGGAGCUGCAGGAACGUUCGGGUGAGCUUCUCCCAACAUUUAGAAAUGGGGCCCUGGAAACUGGGAGUCCUCGAGAACGGCCCUUAGGGCUCCGGGGCGCCGGCUUCUGCGUUCCUUCCUAACUUUCACAAGUGUCUCCUCCAUUCCCCGCCGCCCGAGGCGCCAUGGCACCUACGCCGUGGGGUGAGUGGAGCAUGGUCCUGUCCCACCUGGCGCUGGGAGUGGUGUCUCUGCACGCAGCCCUGAGCACUGCCCAGGCCAGCCGAGGGGCUGCUGCUGGCUUCCUGCUCCAGGCCGUGGCCGCCGCCACCAUGCUGGUUCCAGGGCUGGGCUCGGAUGAAGAUGGUCUUGCUGGAGCCUGGGUGGCCACUGUCAUCGGCCUGCCCCUUCUGGCCUUCGACUUUCACUGGGUGAAUGGGGACCGCUCCUCUGCAAACCUGCUCCUGGGAGGGGGCAUGGUGCUGGCCGUGGCUGGCGACCACCUAGGAGCGGAGGGCCGUUCAGUGGCCGGUCAGGCGGUGGUGCUGGUGGUGGCGGUUACUAUUCUUAUUGUAGCCGUGUUCACAGCCAACACUUACGGCAUGUGGGGGGGCUUGAUGCUGGGUGCUGCAGGCCUGCUGGGCCGGCUGGAGGAGGACAGGCUGCUGCUGCUGCCAAAGGAGGACGUCUGCCGCUGGGUCCUGGCCGCGGGCAGUUGGGCCUACCACCGGGCCUUGCACACUCAGCGCCUGCAGUGGGAGUGAUGAUUGGAGGCUGCUGGGCUGGGCGGGGCUUCUGCCCUGGUUACCACCGCGCCUCCCUGGGCCUCCUUCCCUAGAGACAGAUCCUCCUUCCUCCCAAAGUGGCUUGCUGCAGGGUGACCUCUGGGGUCAGACUCUGGGCACUGGUCCUCAGGUGGAGUGUGAGGACCCACCUAGACCAGAAUAAAGGGGAUGGCGUCCAAGCACAUG